AUGUUUAUUAGUUUCAGAAAUUCAACUAGAAAAUAUUCUAGCGUGAAGCUCGUGGAGUCAAUACCUGAGUUUGCUCCGAAAUCAACGAUCUUUUCGUUGAUCCAGCCCACCGGAAAGAUACAUUUGGGUAAUUACUUGGGAGCAGUUAGAAACUGGAAAGACAUUUCUGAUUACAAGAAGCCAGAUUCAACAGUGAUAUUUGGGACAGCAGAUCUACAUGCAAUAACAUUACCACAAGACCCCGACUCUUUGAGAAAGUGGAGAUAUGAAACACUUGCUAGUUUAGUGUCCAGUGGUAUAAACCCUGAGAAAUGUGUGCUCUAUCAUCAGUCAUCAGUGCCAGAGCACACAGAGCUCUGCUGGCUAUUAAUUUGCUUGUCGAGCAUGGGAAGCUUGAAUAGAAUGACUCAAUGGAAGCUGAAGACAAAGCAAAAUCAUUCGGCUUCAAUAUUUGACGAGGAUAUUUUAAGCAAUACGAGAGCCGGAGUUUUAUGCUAUCCCGUACUACAGGCCGCUGACGUCUUGAUCUACAAAUCGACACAUGUUCCAGUCGGGGAGGACCAAUCUCAGCAUCUUGAGCUUUGCAGAAACAUCGCUGCUACGUUUAACAAUACCUAUAAGUCCGAUUUUUUUCCCUUACCACAAACAUUGAUUACUCCCACUAAGAAGAUUCUAUCGUUGAGAAAUCCGGAGAAGAAGAUGUCAAAAUCUGACCCCGAUGAGUCAUCUUGCAUUUAUGUUAUUGAUAGUCCUGACGUUAUCAAAAAGAAGAUCCGAAGAGCAGUGACUGAUUCCAUACAAGGACCAAUUUACUUCGACCCUGAAAAGAGGCCCGGUGUGUCAAAUCUCAUCAAUAUCAUUUCUGGUUUAACUAGGAAACUGGUUGAAGAUACUGUCAAGGAAUUGUCCUGGGUUAAGGAUCACAAACAAUUAAAGGAUCACGUAUCGGACAUCCUUAUACACGAAUUUGAGGGCCAGAGGAAAACUUACAAGGAAUUAAUGAAAGAUCACAGCUAUAUAGAUGAAGUGAGCAAGAAAGGCACAGAAAAAGCUAGAGAUAUAGCCCUGAAAAACUUGCUUGAUGCCAAAAAAUUGGUCGGUUUAGUAUAG